AUGCCGUUUGAAGUGUUUGAACGGUACAAUCUGUAAGUAUUUAUAUUUUUAUAGAGAAUGAAUACUAUUUUUCUGUUUUAACUAAUAAUGCUAUAGGUACAUUACACCUGACUUGUUUUGUAUUGAACCGCGAAGAAAAGAUGGAUCGGUGGUUGGAGAGAAUUAUUUAAGGAUUGAUCGUAUUACUAAUGAAGUGGAUUUGUUUAGUAAGUUUCUUUUUCUUUGGUUUUUGUUGUUUUAGGUUACGGAUAUUGAGGUUGAUGUUGGAGAAUCUCUAAAAUAAGGUUUUGUUGAUGUUUUUACGGAACUUUAAUGCUUGUAUAAGAUUGCCUACGGUUUUUUGAUGUUUCCUUUGUUAAUUUUGCUUAAUUUAAGUGAAAGACUUUUUUGUAGCGAGCUAAAAACGGCUGCUACCAGUAAGGUGUCUAGUGUAAUAUUGAAAAUUCUAUUUAAUUCUUUUAUCUUUAUAUUAACUGAGCUAAUGUAUAUAUUUUAACAUUGCAGACUCUUCAAAGAACCCAAUCCCAGCCGCUCAAGCCGAAGUAAAGGCCAUUUACGGCCUCUGGGGCAUCAUUCCUUUGUUAGCCGGUAAUUACCUAUGUGUAAUAACAAAAGCCUCAAUUAUUGGUAUUCUAAAUGGGUCAGAGAUUUAUCAUGCUGAUCAAAGUGAGUGCAUUCCAUAUCAAGUAGGGCAGAUGCAUUUAACCCAAAGUCAACGGAAUUACAAUCAAAUCUACGUGGAUCUUCUGAAGGCUAGUCUGAAUCAACGUGGAUACUAUUUUUCAUAUGAUUAUGACUUGAGUAGAACCAUGCAAUGGUUGAGUGAAAACUCGUCUCCGGAUUUUAGAGAUCGUGCACUUUAUGAGAGGGUAGGUAUGGGUGGUUUUGGCAUGGUUUUUUGGGGGUUAGGUUUAAAGACGUAAUGUUAUACUUGGUUUUUAAGUGAAAAUGAUAAAAUAUGGUAAAAUAAAAUGAAGAUUAAAGUAAAAAUGAUUUUAGGCAGCCGUUUGGUACUUAUGGAACAAUUAUUUGAUAUCACCGUUGAGUAGACGAUCAGAAGUAAGCUAAAGUUUAUAUUAUUCAUGAUGAUUUUGGUCGUUUUUGGCUAUCUUUUUAUAUUUUCUAAUUAAAAUUGCACUGUUUGUGAUACUCUUUGAUAAAAAUUAAUAUUCUUGGUUAUUUUUCGAUAUUUUAGAUAGCUAUUUGAGUCAAUUUGUUUUAUUAAAAUAUCUUUUUUUAGCUGCAAAAGUAUUGCCUCCCAAUUAUUCAUGGUUUCGUUGGUAUCAGGGAAUGUUUUCUGAAAGGCCAUAGCUUCAAACUAGUCAUUAUAUCACGGCGGCCAAUAGAGAGGUAAGUGAUUAUAUGUUGAUGAUGGUAUUUUGAGGAGAGGGAUGUUGUAGUAGGUACUAUAACAUAGUCUCACCCCUACCGCUACUCUACUUGUCUUCCUAUCGUAUCCUGUCCCACUUAUCUUUAUUCUAGCUUACUUUGACUUAACUUGCUUUACUCUGGCUUAUUGCAUUGCUACAGCGAAUUACCCGAUAUUAUAGUAGGUACAACAACAUAAUUUCAGGCCAGGAGUCCGUUUCAUAGUCCGAGGAGUAGAUUCGAAUGGUUCGGCCGCUAACUUUGUGGAAACCGAACAAAUAAUCGAGUACGAUAACGGUGGUAAAGUGGAGACUCGUCGAUGGACAUCUCUUAUCCAGCUCCGAGGGUCAAUCCCUCUGUUAUGGUCUCAGAAGCCGAAUCUAAAAUGGCAGCCCACCCCUUACAUGCGACCACAAGAUGACCAAACAGAUGCCUUUGUGUCGCAUAUGAAAGAACUGAAACGACGAUAUGGUGGGACACAUGUAAUCGUGAACCUGGUCAAUCAAAAAGGCAGAGAACAUGGCGUGGGCGGAGAGUUGGCACGGGUUUCACUUCAGGUAAGGAUGUGAGAAUUUUUUUGAGAAAAAGGAGUAGUGUUAGGUAGGGUAUGGACUUGAUAAAGUGAAUAGUAGAUUAUGGUAGGGGGUAGGUCAAGGUCGGACGGGGUAAAGUAGAGGAAGAUAGUUUAUUGUGAGAGGUUCGUCGGGUAUGGUAGGGAAGAUUGGUGUAAUAUAUUGUAGGAUAGGGACAUUAGGAUAUGGGUAAUGUGUGGUAGGAUAGAGUAGGGUUACACAAGGGCGGGGUAAAAGUGAGAAAAAGAAAAAAUAGUUACCGGGCAAGAAAUUUCAUAUUUUUGUGAGGGCAGGGUCAAAGAUAAAUCAUUUUUAGGUUGCCGAAGAAAGUAGGGCAGGGUUAAAUUUUGGGUAAGAUAAAAAUGGGGUAGAUUAGGAUAUGAUAGGGUCUAUUGUACUAUCAAGGUCUACUCUAUCUUUUCUUCUUUAUUUUACUCACUACUCUAACUUACUUUACUGCAACAUAGCUUUUCUCACUCGACCUUACUAUAUCCUACCAUAGUCUACUCUACCUUGCCUUUCUCUACCCUACUUUACUUUUCUUUACUUAUUAUACUUUAUCCUACCAUACUCUAAACUACCCUGUUUUACUUAAUCUUACUAUAUCUUUUCCUACUCUACCUUACCUUACUUUACUCUACCAUACUCAAAUUUACCUUAGCGGUAGAAAAUUUUAAAUUUUAUGUUCAAAUUCCUUAAUGACAAUGCUAUUUCAGGCCUCACUUGACUUUGUGCGUUACAUUCCAUUCGACUUUCACAAGGAAUGCAAGAACUUGAAUUGGAGCCGGCUGUCACUACUACGUGACAUCCUCAAACCGCUUCAACGAGAAUUUGGCUUCUUCUCAUCUUCAGUAGCCAAUCCAUCAGAAGCCAGGCGCCAAAAAGGAUUCUUCCGAACCAAUUGUAUGGACUGCCUGGACCGAACCAACGUGGGCCAAGCCAUGAUAGCGAAAGAAUCGCUGAGAGACCAACUGGUACACUUGGGCAUCUUCAACGAAAACGACGAUUUGGACACGUUUGAAACAUUCGUCUUCAUCUUUAGAAAUUGUAAGCGCUGGAAAGAAAGUUCUUGCGGGUUCUUGGAAAAAUGAGCUUUGGGAAGAAAGUUAUUGCGCAUUUGGCAAAAAUGGGUUUUGGAAAGAAAGUUAUUGCGGUUUUUUGAAAACUGAGUUUUGGAAAGAAAGUUCUUGCGGUUUUGUGAUAAGGAGGCUUUGGAAAGAAAGUUCUUGCGGUUUUUUGAAAAAUAAGUUUUGGAAAGAAAGUUCUUGCGGUUUUUUGUGAAAAAUGAGUUUUGUAAAGAAAGUUCUUGCGGUUUUUUUGAAAAAUGAUCUUUGGAAAGAAAGUUCUUGCGGUUUUUUGAAAAAUGAGCUUUGGAAAGAAAGUUAUUGCGCAUUUGGCAAAAAUGGGUUUUGGCGGUUUUUUGAAAACUGAGUUUUGGAAAGAAAGUUCUUGCGGUUUUGUGAUAAGGAGGCUUUGGAAAGAAAGUUCUUGCGGUUUUUUGAAAAAUAAGUUUUGGAAAGAAAGUUUUUGCGGAUUUUGAAAAAUGAGCUUUGGAAAGAAGUUCCUGCAAAAAUAUUGAGUAUCAAGUGUAAUAUGUGAUUUCAGUAUGGGCCGACAAUGGGGACGAGAUCAGCAAGCAGUACGCGGGUACAGGAGCCUUAAAGACGGACUAUACUCGUGUCGGGAAGAGAACCACGAAUGGAGCGGUUCAGGAUGGCAUCAACGCGCUAACAAGGUAUUACAAGAACAACUUUACUGAUGGCUACAAGUUGGUAUGUUUUUGAAGCUACAGUAUCCGUACCCCGUCCCUAUAUUCAUAUUAUCCUACAAAUUUCAGGACUCUAUGAACCUGUUACUGGGCUACUUCAAACUGCCAGAAAUGGGCGCUCCAGAAGGCCUGGACCGCCCUCUGAUCAGCAUCGACGCCAAUGGCUUUGCCAUCGUCGGCGCCGUCUUCUCCAUGGCCAUGACAUUACUGUGCGUCCUGGUCUCAGAGAAUGUGACCGCCACCAUCGUCUGGUUCGUCAUCUUCCUCGCGUUCGCCGCCUUCAUCUACCUGAACGGCGAAGAGUUUGUACGAAAACCCAAACUGAAAAAGGACUAA